AGGUGGAAUAUUUAUCAAAUUCAUCAUUAAUGUUUCCAAGAAAGAAUACAAAAACCCACAAGUCAAAGUAUGAAUUAACUUUAACACAUGUGGAUAAGUACAUCAUUACUUAACUAAGCAUGUUACUUACUGUUAAUGACAUUGAUUUCCAAUUUAAACUUUAUAAAAGAAUAAAGAUCCAAUCUAUCUAUCUGUCAGGACCUCAGGAAGUCCACUUGAGUUCAGUGACGUCUCCACUAAACCACUCAACAAAGCGCGUGACGAUCAUGAUCCAAAUCUCUCAUAACCAGCAAAACAAAAAACACUCAAUAAUUCGAAAACACAAACAAAAAUGGAAAAUCACAACUGGACCCAGCUAUGAUCGCAUACCGGUGUUACCCAAUUUCGGAACAUAAAAGCCAAACCAAAACGUAACCGAACCAAACAUAACAUCUCAAAAGUCAAAACGUUCUAAACAAAAUAAACCAAUGUUGCUUGCAAAAAAAAAAUAAAAAAAUAAAAAAAUAAACCAAUGUACUAAGUUCAACUUACACCCAUCGGUUAGUAGUAUAUACUUAUACCCAUCAGUUGCCUCAAAUUAUGACAAAUUCGGGUAAUAUUGAACCGGUAUCCGGUUUAGUCGGUCCAACUCCAUUCUAUCAAUUCCAUCACACAUAAAUAUAUAUACAUCUCUUUACCCCAUUUCUUCCAACACAACCUCUCUCACCCUCCGUCAAUGGAGAAAACCGUAGCUACUUCCCACACCAAACGCUCCUCUCCGUCACCUUCCACCACCGUGACCGCACGCCCCGGCGGGUUCACUCGCAGAACAAGACAGAGAUUGUCAAAUGCAACGACGAGUGUAAGCGAGAGUGACGUAGAAGAUGAUGAUGAAGAAGCAGUCGAGGAGAAGAUUGAGACUCUUCAGACAAUAGUUCCCGGAGGAACGGCGCUCGAAGUCGACGAGCUGUUUGAAGAGACGGCGAGUUACAUUUUGGCUCUGCAGUGUCAGAUCAAAGCCAUUAAAGUUCUCACUUCGUUUCUUGAGCGUUGUGACCAGAAUGAUGAUAUGAAGUUUGGAGGUUGAAGAUUAACACAAACAAUAUGGAGUUCUCCCAAAUCAUUAAAAGAAAAAAAAAUUCUCAUUUAUUUAUUUAUUUAAUUUCACUUUAUUUUACAUUUUUAUUUUUGAUUGUGACUCACUGGCUCCUAGCUCGAGUUCAUAAUUUUAUCUGAUGUUUUUUUAUAUAUUUCGAAUAUUGAGGAAAACCGAGAAAAUCUAUACAUUUUCUUUCAAAA